CCUUAUAAAUAUACAAUAGCUGGUCAUCCGUACAAGAUGGCCCGAGUUAGCUAGACCAAAUCUUCUGUCACCACAUUGUGACUGGUACAACACAACAAACGAGGGAAAGGAUCGAGGAUCCAGGGGUGGAACGUCAUAUCUCACAAAUCCGCGAUUGCUUUCCGCCUCUUUUGUCAAACGGUCGACGACCCCACUCUUCCUGCAAUUCGUGAUCGUCUCGGCACUACAAUCUGUGAAAAUCAUGUCAACAACGCCACUCCCGUCCAACUCGGCGACGUUCUCGGACAAGCUGGCCAUGACCUCGUCCAUCGGGGCCAUGGUUAUCGAAUGCCUGACCAUACUCGCCUCGCUCUACCUGUUGAGACCGUUGUCGAAACAAGGAUUGACCAAGCUCAGGGUGAGGUUGUUAUUCGGCAUGGUCAUUUCCGAUCUGUCCUUGGGUGUCAUAGGGGCUGUACCGAAUAUAGCUUUCUUAGCUGGACACCCGAUGAAGCUGGGUACAGGAGCUUGUAACGCCGCAGGGUUCAUCCUCACCUCUGUCCUCUUCACUCAACACCUGUGGACCAUGGUACUCGCCAUUGCUACAUUCGCCCUCCUCAAACAUCCGAUGAGCUCUUUUACGCACAGGAUCGAUCGGUACUGGAUCUUUAUCCCCAUCACGAUCUGGACGGUGUCGAUCUUGCACUCUGGCCUCUGGUGGAGAUAUAUCGGAUUCGCACCCUCUAAUGCGGGGUCGUUGUGUUACUACGGUACAGGCGGUUACAAGAACGACAGGGCUCUAGUGCAAUUCGUCCCUAGGGCAUCCGUCUUUGUCGUCGUCAUCGUGCUCUAUAGCCAACUGUUUCGAUUCCUCCGACGACCUGAUACGAUCACAGUCAAUUCCACUCAAGGGUCUGCCUCGGACUCGGGCCAACUCAGCGAGGGCAUCCUUCGGACCGUCAAGACCAAAGUUAAGCUCGCUACAGGGGGUGAUUCAGCCUGGCCGAUGAAGGACCUGAAAGACGAUAUACCGCCCUGGGAGAAAUUGCACAUCAACAAUGUUGGUGGGCUCCUGUGUCAGCCCCUGGAACCUUUCGGAUGGGACAUGCCUAGGGACGAUGAUAUGGGACACUCGAAUUCGAAUUCGAUGGAUCGGGUCAGAAAAAACACGGAUACCACCUUGGUGGACCGGUCGACCAGGAGUUCGGUGGAUUCGAAGCGUGAAAACGCAAAUGGGAGGAACAGGUCGAUCGGCGAGUCGGAGGGAGACUAUAAUAUGGUCGAGACGGAUGGAAAUCUGGAUUAUAUACCGGAAGACCAAGUCGUGCAUUCUCGACGAGGUUCGGCGCAACCCUCGAUUCUCCUCGGGUCAACCCCGACUCCCCAAAGUGGACUGCUCAUGACCGGUCUGCCCAUCAAUGGGUUGAACUCGUCCACAACCGCCUCCUCCUACAACCUGCCUUAUAACGGCAAUAGCAGGCGGGUCUCGAUCGAUCACGAGGCGAUCAUGCAGGACGAACGGAAAAACGUACUCGUGCCUUUGGCGAGUGCCUCGACAGGAAAGAGUGCGGAAAGCAGCGAAGACGAUGACGCCUCAUUCGACAACGACGACAAAGACCCGAACCGCCAGACGUUGCACGAGUUCUUCGCACAGAACCAGCCGCCAUUGGAUGAACUGGAACAACAACGGGCCAGAAAGGAUGAUGAGGAGGACCUCGAUCCACGGCAAUCGGCGGCAUCGUACUUUAACCGCCAAGCAUCCUUGCUCAUGCUAUACUUCCCCCUGGCCUACCUCAUCGUUUUUACGUUCUCGUUGAUUCGGCUGCUCUACGACAUGAUCACCCACAAGCCUAAUCCAGUGAUGACCAUGGUAUCGCUGUGGUUCGUGCUCAGUGUGGGAUUAGUAGACGCUGGCAUAUACGGCUGGGCUGAGUGGCGAGUGAGGAGAAGGGUGCGGCGGCGGAUGCCCGAGCGCUUUGCUCCGCCAGACGGUUAGAUAAGAAUGACGACCAGUGGCUACCCAAAAAUCAACAACCCAACGCAUAUUGUAUAUACCAGAACAUCAAGAGCUCUCGCUCAACAAGAUCACGCCAAUCACAACAGCAUACCCCCCACAGUUGUAGCAGCAAAUCAUAAUCACAUUAAUUCACCCUGAAAUAUCAACCGAUCAUCAAGAUAUCCAUAUCAUUCCAGGGACACGUUCUCGCAUU